GGGUUUCCCACAGUGAUAGGGCGUGGCUUUAACCAGACUGGGGGACUCGUUAACCCCGCUGUGGGAUGUCCCACUCAGCCCCGCGAAUCUGCCAUGAGGGACCCCACGUCAAGUCGAGUCUUUUCAGCUUCACUUGCAUCUAUUACUUCAGAUAGCCAUUUAUCUCACUUCUCAUAAGGACUCAAAAGUACAUUUCUCGGCCGUCUUCAGAGAGUCUGAGUGUUGGUGUCCUAGCUGAAACGCAGGUCACCGAGCCACUCACUACUGCCAUAUCAUCUCACCUACCCGAGAAACAGCCUCGAUUUCAUCUACAAACUCAUCCUUCAUCGUCAUUCCAUCGCUUUCACCUGCGCAGCCUAACAUGGCCGACCUCAUUGUAGCCCAACACGGGUCCGAAAAGGAAAUCAAGUUCGCCUCAUCGACACCCGCCCAGCGUGAGGCCGCAUGGCGCCUCAACGGCGUCUCAUGGGCCCCUCCAAUGUCCCUUGAGAACUACAUGGCCCGCGAAGUCGCGCUCUCCAAGACGGCCCUUUCAUCUCAGUGCAACUACUACGUCCUCUUCAACCCGGCCGAUCCAGAGCACAUCAUCUCAUCCUGCGAAGCCACCGCCAAGACCCUCCUCAUCCGCGAUGCCUCCUCUUCAACCCCCCGCGAGGAAAAAGCAUACGCCAUCGCCUCCGUUUACACCAACCCGACCUACCGCGGCCACGGCAUGGCAACGCGGCUACUGAACAGCCUCAAGGAAGCCAUAGAUGCCGAUGCCAAAGCCAGCGCGCUCUACAGCGACAUUGGUCUCACGUACUACGCCCGCCUCGGCUGGGCCGUCUACCCGUCCCUCCAAGUCUCCCUCAUCGCGGACGACGCUUCAGUCCUACGCAAGCCCGACGGCGUACAAUACCUCGUGGAAAGCGAGGUCCCCGCCUAUUGCGAAAAGGACGUCGAGCUCCUAAAGAAGAAGCUCGCGAAACUGCCCGAGGACGGCAAGACGCACGUCGCCUUCGCACCCUCGGCCGACCAGAUGCUCUGGCACUUUACGCGCGACGGCUUCAUGGCCAAGCAGCUCGCUGGCCGCGAGGUGACGCACCGCGGAGCAGCCACCGUCGACGGCAAGGCGUGGGUGUACUGGGACCACGACUUCCGCGAGAAGAAGCUCAAGGUCCUCCGCGUGGCUGGCGACCCGGAGGCCGACGUGACCGCGCUGCUGCAGGCUGCGGUGAUUGAGGCCGCCGAAUGGGGACUCGCGAAAGUGCUGGUCUGGAACCCUGACGAGGGCGUCUCGGCUUCCGCGAAGAGUGUGAGUGACAGGACUGAGGGUGCCGUGCGGGUCGUCUUUGACGAGAGACUUGAUGGCAGCAUUCCCAGUCUGCGGUGGAAGGGCGAGGGUGAGGUUGUGUGGGAGGAUAAUGAGUACUAUGCGUGGUGCUAGAUGGCUAUGGAAGAGCGCAUUGUUGAUGAUCUCAUUAAGUUACGAUUUCUCCACAAAUGCUCAAGAAUUUCGGAUGUCAACACAGAGACCAUUCUAUUAUUCCGUCUCUUGCAACGCCAGCGCUUGAAUCAAUCCCACAAAUGUAAUUUCAAUGGCAUUCAUAAUCCCAUCAGCAACCAAGUCCUUGUUUCCAGAAAACGAAUCUUUUCACCGCCCGCCCUUACCAAAAUACGCAUCGAUGACAGGGAAAGACAAGCCUUUCACACUUUUCUUUCCUUCUGAGCCUUCAUUACGAUGGUCUUCAAGCAUCGCAGCUAUAAUUUCCUCUACAUUUUCACAAAACAUCUCAGCCGUUCCUAGCUUUACGGCUUCCUGCACGUCGACUCAUAUGGCCUCCCGCUGCGCGAACGUCAGUUGCAAGCCAAGCUUCUCGUCUUGCUCAAAGACCAGCAAUGUCAACUUGCACUCCAGC